AUGGAUUUCUGCAAGAAGAUGCGCCAGAAGCCCGACGCUUACUUUAAGGACCUGUACGAGAAGAGCCUCCCCGCGGCUGGCGAGCCGUUCCCCCUGAGCGGCUGCGUCUUCGGCUGCAUCGUGUCCAGCGGCUGGUUUACCGAUCUGCAGGAAAAGUUCGGCGAGACCUUUGGCUGGAGCGGCAAGUGCUUCAGCGAGGAGCGCAAGGCAGACGGCACUCCCCUGCGCUUUGGCAGCACGCUCCAGCGUGACUACCAUGCACCAUCCGGCAAGAACCAGUCCGAGCGCGUGGCGACGUUCAAGGGCUCCGGGGACUUCAUAUUCGGCGGCACCGGCAAGUUCGUGGAGCAGGGGCUGCACGACCGGAAGCCCGCGUGGCAGUGGUUCGACGACGGCAUGUCGUCCCGCAUGCAGUUUGGCGGCGGGUGGCGCAUGCAGUACAACAUGUUCCAGGCGGUCGGCGACGGCGUGACGGAUGAGAUGCGCAGGGCCGGGCCAGGCCUGGUACUGGGCAAAUCCUACUACCGCGGCCCCAGCGGCUUCCUGCCCGAGCGCUUCCGCCGCAACGCGGCCACAAACUACUUUAUGCUAUUCCAGGCGUGCACCAAGGAUGGCAAGGUCCCUUGGUACCCCGAGUACCGUGAUGUGCCGCUGGCCGGCAACCCGUGA